AUGGAGUACGUCAACCCCGAAGGUCUUCGCCUGGAUGGUCGCCGUCCUAUGGAGAUGAGGCAGCUUCGUGGGGAGAUAGGCGUAGUCUCAAGAGCUGACGGGUCUGCAGUUUUUGAAAUGGGCAACACUAAGGUCAUUGCUGCGGUUUACGGUCCCAGAGAGGUCCAAAAUAGGAGUCAACAAAUUAAUGACAAGGCACUGGUACGCUGUGAGUACAGCAUGGCUAAUUUCAGUACGGGGGAUCGCAUGAGGAAACCUAAGGGUGAUAGGCGAUCCACUGAAAUAUCAUUGGUCAUUCGCCAGACUAUGGAGGCAUGCAUAUUGACACACCUAAUGCCUCGUUCUCAGAUCGACAUUUUUGUCCAAGUUCUCCAAGCCGAUGGAGGAACACGGUCUGCAUGCAUAAAUGCAGCAACACUGGCCCUUGCUGAUGCUGGUAUUCCGAUGCGUGAUAUUGUGACCUCGUGCGGUGCCGGAUACCUGAACGGGACGCCACUUCUUGAUCUGAACUAUGUGGAAGAUAGUGCUGGCGGGCCCGAUGUUACAGUUGGCAUUUUGCCUAAGCUAGAUAAAGUCACCCUCCUUCAGAUGGAUGCUAAGCUACAAAUGGAUACUUUCGAGAAUGUGAUGCAACUUGCUAUAGAAGGUUGCAAAGCUGUGGCGAGUUAUAUACGAGAAAUAUUAUUGGAGCAUACCAAGCAGUUGGAGUCCCGUAGGGGCGUAUAA